GUUCUGCAGCGAAGGGGAAAAAAGUGAAAAAUUCGUCCAUAGUUGCAGCCAAAAGGCCACAGCAAAGAAAGAAAAAGCAAAAACCAAGCAAACGCAUUAUAUUGCAGCUCGUUUUAGUCAAAUUUAAAUAAAACGCCAACAACCAUGUCCGAGUCACAUUUUGAUGAGUACGAGCACUAUAACUUCGACCAUGACAAGCACAUUUUCUCUGGCCACGGCGGUAAGCAGCGAUCCAAGAAGGAGGCCAGCGUGCACACCAACCACUUCGACCCCUCCGGUCACUCCAGAAAAAUCCUAACCAAGCUCAUGAACACAAACACCAACAACAUUAAGAAGGCCUGCAAAAACUGAUGCAGGGCUGCCGCUAACGCGGAAUCAAAGAAAGGCAAAGAGUUGAAGAGAGUCGAAAACGAAGAAAUAAUCGAAUUUAAGUUACUAAAAGGCAAACGAGAAGAAAAGGCAACAAGAAGAAAUUGAAAAUCAAGCAGCGCAGCGCAGUGGCGUUUGUGGGCAGAGAAAGAGAGUGGUGGAGUGGAGAGGAAGCGGAACAGCCACUGGAAGUGCACAAUACACUGAAUUUCCAUGAAGCAGGAGGAGCAACGGAAAAAAACUUUUUGUGAACAUUAUAAUAAUUUUAUUUGCUUAUAGUUUCACAAACAAAAAAAAUUACCCUUAGCUUAAACUAUUUCCUAAACUUAAUUCAGACUUACAAUUUCUAGUUAAUAAGCUAUAGUGAGUUUCACAUUAUGAAGUUUGAUUUAGAUAUUACAUACACAAUAAAGAGAAACACAAUACUGA